ACUCACUGACUGACCUCUACAACACCCAAAAAAAAAAGAAACAAAAAAAAAAGAAACAAAAAAAAAAGAAACAAAGGCGAGAUGUGUGGCAACGGGGGAAACGAGGGGGUAAGCCACGAUCGGGAAGAAGGCUGUCGCUUGGAGAAGAAGGGGUAUGGGAGGAGGAGGGUAGUGGGAUCAAACGACAGAAGAGGUGGUGGGCGACGACGCCGAGGGUGGGGGGGAAGGUCUUCGACGAACUUGGUGGCCCGUGACAUUCUGUACCGUCCCCCUCCUGCCAUAGCGGAGUGAUUAUCUCCGCUUGUGGACAAACGAGUAGCUUGCUUUCCUGGCAGUCGAGAUGGCCAAGGUCAGCGACUACGUAUGCGGGUUGGCCUCGUCGUCGACGGCUGCCACGUGUCAUUCGCUGGGAGCUCGAAACGAAUCUGGCGGACGGCGCGCGGCGACCGCUGGUUUGUCGAAUUCUCGCAGGCAGCGGACCUGGGGUCCACGAGAAAAUAGGGUGUUCGACGAGUGCUUGUGGUCGGCAGACAGGAGGGGAGCGGAGAGUGUGACACGUGGCGUACAGACGAAGCCCGCCAGAUUGGCAUGUGGGGUAUUAGAGACGGGAUCGCGGAGACGGAAAGGCGGUGUUAAGCCCGCGGGCACCGCGGUCAGUUGUCGGAGUGAGCGAUGGCGGAAAGGAGAGGCGAGCAUCCACGUGGAAAGCGGAGGGUCCUUGUGCGCCAAGAUUGGAUGGAGAAGAAGGGACCGAAGAUGGCCAGGUCAACAUGGGGUGCUGGCCGUCUUACUCGUGGGAAACAGUGGAGCUGCUGGAGUCGAUGGAAGAAGAAGCAGCAGAGAGACGACGAUGAGUCAUCAAGGAGUGUUCAGUUUUCCGCGAGCUGCGGAGGCUGCGCGCGCUGACGUGGCGACUGUGGAUUCUCUCCAAGCAGAGCCGAAGCUAGUUUCUUCCAGAUGGGUGCCACGUGUCUUCAGCAGGAGCAGUUGCAGCAGCAGCGGUAGCAGCAGCGGCCGAAGGGCAACAUUCAGGAAGGAUGAAUGUAGUCAUGAUGCCGUCUCUCCCGUCUAUCCUGGUGAUUGUGCAGUAAUUGGCCAAGAAUUCACCAUAGCCAGCAGACAGGUGGCACUGAGAAGCAGACACGUGGAACUGAGAAGCGGCCACGUGGCACUGAGGAGCGGACACGUGGCACUGAGAAGCAGACACUUGGCACGUGCAAGAGAAAACGGUAUUGACGGCCAAGAGGGCGCUGAUGCGCACAUAGAUCAGAAGAGGAUGGGCCCCCCACAAAAUGAGCCAACCGCUGACACAGUAAUGGACACAAUGGCGAUCGUGUUUUCGAUGACGUUCGUAGUUUGGUUCUUUUUCCUCCUCGUUGCUACGGAUAUUAUUCAUGUACCGUUCAUUCACUUACAGUGAGGGGGCGCAACGUCAAUGUGGCCAUCAUCUCAGGAGAAUUGAGGGAUUGUCCAACAGAAGGGCAAGGAUGCGACGUCAAUUGGGGGAGGUAACUAAUUUUAGGGCCUGUUAUUGAAGAGAGGAGUGGGUGUGACAUUUGGCAACGGUAAUUUGGAGACGAGAGUGAAAUGAGUUAUGGCUCUCAAGUGAGUUUGAGAUUACACCAUGGUAAUUUCUUUGAGCGCAGGAAAAUCACCUCUGGCUUUCGGCGAUGGAGGAGGGUGGGGCAUUCUCUCUCUCAGUAAUUCGGCAACAACUGCAAAAUGAUUUGCAGUUGUGAGGUUGAUAUUUUACUGCAGUCAUUCCAGCCUAGAUUUCCAACAUUGGAGGCCCUGCCGUAUUUUUUGCGGUAAUUUGGAGACGAUGGGAAAACCGGUUCCCACUUCCAUGCAGGUUUCAGAUUCCACUGUGGUAAUUUGAGGACCACGUUGGAACAGUUUUCAUAUGCUAUAUCAUGUUAAUCUGAAGGUCACGUUGAUGAGUUUCACAUUCUGCGGCAGUAAUUGUUUCAGGAUCGAAUGUUCUGGUGGCUGCCAGCAGCAGCAGCAGCCUCCUCAACGGGAGUCUGCCAUUGUCAAGAAAGAGAUCAGUGCUCACUGUUCAGGCACCAAGAGCAAGGUUUGCCUCUAACUGCAUGACAAUUUAAUAUGUAUUAUGUACAUAUAUCGUUGAAAGUCGGCUCAGUGAACUGUUGGGAGAAAGCGCGAAAUGGACAAGAAACGGGGGGCUGUGGUGGACACUUUCCAUCAGGAGUUUCAUCGACUCAUCAGGAGGGUGGGGCCGCGCUGGUCCGUUUUUUGUAAGGUCAGACAUUACUCGUCUGACACGACAACGAGUUUACCAACUUUACCACUUUUAUCGGCGAACAACCGAACCCUUGGAACCUCGACCUUCCACCAUUACUGAUGGGGUAAGAGAUUAUUGAAACAUUGUUUUUGGUACAGACUGCUGCUCAUUCGAAAACUGAAUUGCCUGCAACAGCGAAACGGCCAUUGUUGUUGUUGUGUGUGUGUGUGUGUAUGUGCGUGUGUGUGUGUGUGUGUGUGUGUGUGUGUGUGUGUGUGUGUGUGUGUGUGUGUGAGAGAGAGAGAGAGAGAGAGAGAGAGAGAGAGAGAGAGAGAGAGAGAGAGAGAGAGUACCAGGCAAUAGCUCUAAGAGUAGCCAAUUACCCGGUGCACAAAGCAG